AUGUCCACACUGAAGGCACAUACCUACGAUUUACCAACACAAGAUGAUCAAGCCAAGGAAGUGUCUGGUCAUAGCCACCGGACCGAAUCGCUCGGUCACACCCAACCAAGACUGACGCCACACUAUUUGCGAGACCAAAGCUGUUUGGACGUGUUCAUCCACCACACUCCACACUGUCUCCCGUCUGCUCUGUCCCGUCUACUGUCUACUGCCUCCCGUCUACUGCGACCUUUGAUAACACUCGUUUUAUCUGAUCAGUUUGUCAUAAUGAUAAUCUUGGUUCUUUAA